AGCCACAAGCCACAAGCAUCCCAGGCUGUGAAAUAUGGGGAGUGAUAUAAAGACUUGGGUUUCAGACAAAUUGAUGUCUCUUUUGGGGUACUCACAUCCCAAUCUUGUUCAAUAUGCCAUUAGUCUUUCUAGGAAAGCUUCAUCACCUGCUGAGAUAGUGGAUAGACUUGUAGAUGUGGGGGUGUCAUCUACAGGUGAAACUCGCACUUUUGCAGCUGAAAUUUUUGCUAAAGUAGAGCGCAGGACUUCUGGCCCCAAUAUGUAUCAGCAACAAGAAAGGGAGGCAGCGAUGCUGGCGAGGAGGCAGAGGACAUAUGCAAUGCUGGAUGCUGACGAUGAUGAGGACGAUGCUGGUGGGGCUGCUGGUAAUGGUGCUGCUUCUGCAACUUCCCAAUCCACAAGAGCGGAUACCCAUAAUAAGCGUUUUAGGAGGAGAACUGAAAAUCAGGAUUUUGAAGAUGAUGAGGAAGUUGUAGAGCGGGAAGAAAAAAGACAAGUUAAAAGACGGACUUCUCAGGAAGAAGAUGAUGAUUCUGCGUCAGAAGAAGAACUAUUACGUGACCAACAAGAGAGGGAGGAGUUAGAGCGACAUAUAAGAGAACGAGAUGCAGCAGGGACAAGGAAGUUGACUGAGUCAAAGCUAACACGAAAGGAGGAAGAAGAGGCUGUACGGAGAUCUAAUGCUUUGGAGCAAGAUGACAUUCAUAGUUUAAGAAAAGUUUCAAGGCAAGAGUAUUUGAAGAAAAGGGAGCAAAAGAAACUCGAGGAAAUAAGAGAUGAUAUUGAAGAUGAGCAGUAUUUAUUUGAGGGUGUUAAGUUGACUGAGGCAGAACAUCGUGAACUAAGAUACAAGAAACAAAUAUAUGAGCUUGUCAAGAAACGCUCUGAAGAGGCUGAUAACAUAAAUGAGUAUAAGAUGCCGGAUGCAUAUGAUGAGGAAGGUGGUGUAAAUCAAGAGAAGAGAUUUUCUGUGGCUUUGCAGCGUUACAGGGAUCCAAGUGGUGUAGAUAAAAUGAACCCAUUUGCAGAACAAGAAGCAUGGGAGGACCAUCAGAUUGGAAAGGCAACUCUCAAUUAUGGGUCAAAAGAUAGAAAACAAAAAUCUGAUGACUAUCAGUUUGUGUUUGAGGACCAGAUUGAGUUCAUAAAGGCAUCUGUGAUGGAUGGUGCUAAUUUUGAACAAGGGCUAUCCACCGAGUCAAUUGACAAAUCUUUGGCAAUUUCAGAAUUCGAGAAACUUCAGGAUGAAAGAAAAACUUUACCUAUUUAUCCAUAUCGAGAUGAGUUGCUCCAAGCUGUUCAUGAUCAUCAGGUUCUUGUUAUUGUUGGAGAAACUGGUUCUGGAAAGACUACUCAGAUACCCCAAUACCUGCAUGAAGCGGGGAGUGUAGACUCUUGCAGCAUACAGCUUUCUCCUGGAAUCCGGACCUCCGCUUUCCUGGUCAGCCAUUCACAGUAG